UCAAACCCGCAGAGGAGAUGAGGCUCCUCGCGCCAGGAAUGCGCUGUGACGUCACGGCGCACUGGAUCUCUCGCACUUUUGGGGGAAUCUUCUCGUCGGGGAUUUGCGUCUGCGUGCGAUAAACUGAAGUUUGUAAAGGUUUAUUUUUCGAUUUGCAGCGCAGACGGGAGCGGAUUUUCGGAUGGGAAGGUUUUGACGAACUCUUGCAUGGAUUCUUGGCAAAAACUGAGUGUGUUGUGCAAACUGGGGCACGCGCUCUUGUUUCCAUAGUAACGCGCAGGACGCCUUGAUACCGCUGUGCCCGCGCGCCGCUCCGAUCAUUCACCAAGACUUCACAAACCUCGCAAGAUGCCAUUUUAUGACAACGUCUACUACCCCUACCCGUCAGAUCCCCCGGGAACUCAUUCCUCAGCAGGGAUCCCAUCUCUUCUGAGCUCUCCGCAGAGUCAGCCUUCAUCCGGCAGCCAAAGCAGACCGGCUCCAUCCACCAUGUCCGGACCGCUCACUUCUUCCGGAACCAGCACUAGCAUCCCUCCUCCCUUUAAGUUCAGAUCCCGGCGUGAAAAUGUGGACUGGCGUCGCAUCAAUGCUGUGGAUGUGGACCGAGUUGCUUGUGAAAUGGACUUCCAGGCAUUGCAGGAGCACAUUAAUGCGGUGACGUUCUGUAGCGUGGAGGGUGAGCGAUGCCAUCGCUGUCAAAGCCCCGUAGACCCAGCAUUGAUUAAGCUUUUCCGGCUGGCCCAGCUCACCGUGGAGUACCUGCUGCACUCGCAGGAUUGCCUCAGCAUCAGUCUGCAGGCUGCUGAGGAGAGGCUUCUGGCAGAGGCGCAGGAGAGAGAGCAGAUCUGCGUCCAGCUGCAGAAGAAAACCCAGGAUGCCAAGGCGUUAAAGGAGGAGCUGAAACAGAGGAAGAAGAUCAUCGCUUCCCAGCAAGCUAUGUUCAGCGCAGGGAUCAGUGCCAAUUACCACAAGUGCCAACAUUGUGAAAAGGCCUUCAUGAAUGCCUCUUUCCUUCAAAGUCACAUGCAGCGCAGACAUCCGUCAGAGUUUGACAUGAAACUGAUGACAGAUAAUCAGAAAAAAAUUCAGACCAUGAAGUUAGAAGAUGAGAUCAACAAAUUGCAGGAGCAGCUGACACUGGUCACGUCCCAGAUGGAGACCCAGCAGAAAGACUACACUGCAAAACAGGAAAAAGAGCUCAUUCAAAGGCAGGAAGAAUUUAAGAGGCAGCUGGAAAUCUGGAAAGAAGACGAGAAAAUACGGAUGAACAGCAAAAUCGAUGAAGUGAAGCAAGCUUGUCAGCGGGACAUGGAUUCAAUGCAUCAAAGAAACAGAAACCUCGAAACAGAGCUGUUGAAACUGCAGCAGAAAAAUAUACAGGAAAGCAUGCAGUCAGUACAGACACAGCCCAAUGCAUCACUAAACAAUGAACACUGGCAGGAAGUUGUUAAACUUCAACAGAAACUCCACAAGCAGGAGGUGAAGUGGACUGGGAAAAUGCAAAAAAUGAAGGAGGACCACGACAGAGAAAAAAGUCUGCUUCAGGAGGAGCUUUGUAAAGUGAGCUCGGCCGUCUCUGAAGGAAUGGAGGAAUCCCGACGGCAGGUGCAGGAACUGAGCCACAGACUGCAGGAGCAGCAGCAGAUCAUUACCUCCCAAAACAAGCAGAUGAAACAGAUCUCGUCAAAGCCGCCAACAAUAACAGUACAGCGCGAAGUGGUUUCUACCCCUUCUCCUGAAACUAAAGCGAAGGUGGUGGUCAGUGAGCAGUCCAACUCAGUGCAUAAGCUGGAUCCUAUAGUGGAGCUGUCAGAGGAGGACAAAGAUUCCUCAAGCAUCUCUGAAAGUCCGACGGAGAGCAGGUCGUGGCAGAAGGAGGUGCAAGAGCUGCUGAGGAACCCGGGUUUGAGGAGAGACAUGCGUCUGGCAGCUCAGCACAACCUGGAUGAUAGACUGCAGAGCUUAGGCAUCAAGGGACUCAGUGGUCUGUCUAACGGCCUCUAUAAGAGCAGCAUGACCCAGAUUAUCACAGAUCGGCGGAAAAGACUGGAGGAGGAUCCUGUUUAUCGGAGGGCACAGAAAGAGAUCAGCCAUAAACUGGAGCAGAGGGUGAAGGAGAGGAACAUGGAGCAGCCUGUCAAACCCAAACUACAUGAACAAGUGCUUCAGUCCAGACCCAGAUCCAGCAGUUUUCCAUCGACAGUAACGCGAGUGAUGUCAGGCCCUGCUUCUAAGCAGCAGAAAACUCCUCAGCCUGUCCCACGCAGCAGAACCAACGUCCCACACAAGACCUCCACACCACUGCAGCAUCGCAGAACUCCUCCAUUCAGCUCUGAUGAAGACUCAUCUGAAGAAGAAGAAGAAGAGGAAGAUGAAUCAUCUGAUGAAGAAUCCCCUCAAAUGCAGAAGAAAACUGUCCUGGUCAACGGCAGCACAGCCAAAGCCCAAAACACUGCUAAAACACAGUCGACGGCUCACUCGGUGCGCUCCGCUGCAGCCGUGACCAGCGCAGAACCAACAAACGUGACCACACUGAGCGACAGCGACUGGAGCGACGGCAGCGAGAUGGAGGAGAUCAACCUCUCACAGCUGCACAAACACACCGACCAGAACGGAAACCUGAAGAACGUCACUCACAGUAAUGUCAAAGCUCUUGGUAAAAGCCUUGAGAAACAGCUGGCAACUCGAGGUCCACACAAACCAGCAGGGGGCGUUAAUACAUUUCUGGAAAAGCCAACAGACGUCAGAAAUACAAAGCAGAAUGCAAAGAAAGAGCUUAAAUAUUCAGAUGAUGAUGAUGAUGACUGGGAUAUCUCCUCUCUGGAAGAUGUGCCCGCUGUGGCCAAACCCACUCAGUGUCCUGUACCCGUCAGGAAGAGCCUGGACAAGAGUCAGGACACCAGCACAAGUGUAUGGGGCUCCUCGACAGGCAAAGGACACAAGCCAGGCCUCACAGAUGCAGGAACGGCCAGCACUCUGAAGAGCAGUCUCGUGACCGUCAGUGACUGGGACGAUUCAGAUGAGAUUUAGUCCAACGCGCAGAGCAAUACCAAAAGCAUCCUCAUGCUAAUAUUCUAUCUCACUGUAAAAUCCAGGACGUGUUGUAGCUCAGGCUUAGUGUUGAUUCAGGGACAGCAGUGCAAAAACAGCCUUUCACUCCAUGAGUUUAACAUAUCCACAGUGUUAACGGUACUUUAUAUCAGAUAUAAAGGGACACCUAAUGCUAGGAAACAUCCAGGGGAUGUUGCACUUUAAAAUAAAAUGAUUGCCUCGUUUUUUGAUAGUUUAUAUAAUAAAAGUCUCACUGCAGUAAAAAAUAGAGAGGUUUUGUAAUGUGUAAUGAGUAAUGAUUUAUUAAAAU